GAGCAGGGUUUGUAUGCAGAGAGAGAGAGAGAAGACGAUGGGGGCAGCAGAUAAGGAAAUCAAUAGAUAUAGAUUAUGUAUACAUAGAUAGAUUUGGAUUGGAAUUAGAAUCAGAAUAAGAACAGAAUCUCAAUUCAAUUCCUCUUCCCCACUUCUCUUCUGUCCCCCUCAUUCCAAAUCUCUUUUUCUGAACUUCUCUUUGGACUCUUCCUUUUGCCUCAGGGUUUCUUCCUUCUCUGCAUCCAAUCAAAGGAAAAGCACAAUUCUUUCCCUCCUUUUCGGCAACCCCAUCACGCAUUCUGCCUCUAAAACGCCGAAAUAAUUCCUCUCUGUUGUUUCUUUCUUCCUGGGUCUCUUCUAGGGUUCUCCUUUUUUCACCCUUUUCACUUCAAAUCCACCCACAUAACCCCUUUUCGCCACUCCAAUCGCACCACACAAUUCCCUGCUCAUACUCCUAAACUGUGUCUUUAGGGUUCUUUGACCAUUCUCUAAACCUGUUUAUCACAAUGUGGAGGAGUUCCUGAAGCAUUUAGCACUGUACUUCCUUCCUAAACAUUCUAUUUGUGAACUGCUUCAGGGAGUGUUUUUUGUUUCAGGUGUUGGUUUUUCCAACAGCAUAGCCUCUCUCCGAAACAUGGGUUGUGCCCAUGGCAAGUGUUGCUGUGGCGAACAUACUUCAUCAGAGGAUGGUUCCAGGGAUUACCGAGAAACUGGCUUCGUUCGUAGCCACAGGAAAAACAUAAUCGCACAGAGAUCACUGAAGCGUGCUCCUGUUCCUUCUCACAACUUCAUUUUGGAAUACACUUUUCUCACUCAGCGGGGGUACUACCCCGACUCACCUGAUAAAGCAAACCAAGAUAGUUUUUGCAUUAGUACAAAUCUCCAAGGUAACCCCAAUGUUCAUUUCUUUGGCGUCUAUGAUGGGCAUGGUCAAUUCGGUAGUCAGUGUUCAAAUUUCGUUAAGGAUAGGCUGGUAGAGAAGUUGGUAAAUGACCCUGCAUUCUUGGAGGAUCCUGUCCAAGCUUACAAUUAUGCAUUUUUGGCAACGAACCAAGAAUUACGUAGUAGUAGUGAGAUUGAUGAUUCUAUGAGUGGCACCACCGCGAUAACGGUGCUUGUUAUUGGUGACACCCUUUAUGUUGCUAAUGUUGGUGAUUCGAGAGCGGUGCUGGCUGUUAAGGAUGGGAACCGCAUUGUCGCGGAGGACUUGUCUUCUGAUCAGACGCCGUUUCGGAAAGAUGAAUAUGAGAGAGUGAAGCUUUGUGGGGCAAGGGUUUUGAGUGUUGAUCAGGUGGAAGGGCUCAAGGAUCCAGAUAUCCAGAGUUGGGGUGAUGAAGAGAGUCGGGGUGGUGAUCCCCCCAGAUUGUGGGUUCCUAAUGGGAUGUAUCCUGGAACUGCUUUUACGAGGAGUAUAGGGGAUAGUUUAGCAGAGACAAUUGGUGUCACUGCUCUUCCUGAGGUGAAAACUUUUCAGCUUACACCUGAUCAUCUUUUCUUUGUGGUGGCAAGUGAUGGCAUAUUUGAAUUCCUGACAAGCCAAACUGUCAUUGAUAUGGCAGCAAGCUAUAUGGAUCCUCGCGAUGCAUGUGCGGCUAUUGCAGAAAAGUCAUAUAAACUAUGGUUGGAACUUGAGAACAGAACAGAUGAUAUAACAAUUAUCAUUGUUCAGAUCAAAGGUUUCUGUAAUUCAGGUACAUUUAGAGUUGGAUCAGAUGACAUAAAUGUUGGCGCUGUGCUGAAUUCCAGGACAGGAACUCCUGAGAUACCCGCUGCGCAUGAAUCUGAUGUUCAUCGUUCUGUCAGAACCAGUUUCUCAGAGUUGCACUCUGAUCAGCCUGCGGCUUCAGUGGUGGGCCCAGUUCACUCUGCAGAAUGUCCAAGACCAAUUGAAUGAGUAUCAUGUCAAUCGUUUAUAUGAUCAUGAUGAUCUAUAUAGUGAUCGAAGAGAGAGACAUCGUGUCUCUUUGCACUUUCUCCCGAGUGGUACAUUUCCAUUGCUAUCAUUUGCAUUGAAUCAUGGAAGAAACUCGUAAGAUGCUCACUGGUCAACCUGGGACGCAGACAGAUACCACUUGGCAUUUUAGUGCAUUGUCUUCAUUAUCCUGUAGAUGUUGUAUCCAAUUUGUGUGUAUUACCAACAUGUCUGAAUUAUUGGUUGAUACCUUUACAAAUUAAUUUCAUAUUAACGACAAAAAACCCGAAUUAAUUACGUUUAAAUGAGAUGACAAAAACACGUUU